AUGAGUGGAUAUAUAUUGAAAUUGGAUCGAGUUGAGCCUCCACGUUAUCAGCAAUAUUUAAUUGAGUUUCGAUCAACAGCUGAAUUACCCGCUAUCGGUGGGGGCGGUAAGUUUGACUACAUUGUCGCUCAAAUUUUGGAUGCAGAGCCAUAA